GGUGCCUGUUGUGGUGUGGGCCAGUAUAUGUCUAUUGGCCGACAAGGCAUUUGAAUGGAUGACAAAUGGUACAGAAGCCAGUACAAACGUCAUUCCAGUUCCUUCGCAUCGAACAGCACAUCACAUCUCCAAGCAAACUCUAGCAAUGGCUACCAAGGCAAUUGUCGUGCUCCAGACGCUGGCCUCCAAGAAUAGCCAGGACGAGCCGGGCUCGGCGGCAGCGGUAGCCGAGGUGAAGAAGCAAGAUGGCUUUGUCCGAGCAUUCGUCGGGCAGAAGUUGGAGGACCCAGACACGAGCGUCUUUUGCACUCGUGAGUUGCCUUUGUAUUGGCUUCUUUUUUCCCCUUUUUCUUCCUGUUAUUCUCUCGCUCCCUUUGCCCUUUCAUUUUCCUCCUGAGGUUUCCUUGCUGCUAUCACCUCUGAUUGGAUUUCUUAUCAUCCUUUACAUACAGAGGCUUACACUGACGGACCGGGCACUGCUGUAUUUUGUAGAUUGGAAGUCUCGUGAAGCAGCGCAGACUUAUUGCGCCUCGGACUCCGGACUGGCGGUGGUGGCGGGCGAGGCUAAGAAUGAAACGGCCGUCUUUGAGCUGCUUCCGGCCGCCGGGCAACUCAGUCUGAGGGGCGUCGACGGCGUGUUUGAGGCGCCUUGCACCGAGGUGUUUACUGCCUUUGGAGCCGAGGAGGGUUUCAUCGACAAUGUGAGCCGGUUCGUGGACGGGCUGGAGAAGGUUGGGACUGUCCCUAUCGAAGGGUAUCUGGGUGCUGUGUUUGGGGAGGACGUUGGGACUGAAGGGAAGGAGGUUGGGGAAAAGGUGGUGAGGAUGUUGAUCGGCUGGUGAGUUCCCCUAUCUACCCAUAUGGCGCGCGAGGUGAAUGUGAGGUCUGGUGAGGAACUGGGAAAGGGGCUGUCAUGAUGGCUGACGUUGGAUGGUAUGCUAUAACUGCAGGACGAGUAAAGAAGCUCAUGUGGAGGCCAAAGGGAAACCUGGUCGUGAGUAUACUGCCAUUCCAUGCUCGCUACCUGCUUUACCGUACCGUAAAAGACUGACGAUGCUUGCCGCCAGCCAUCCAGGACAAUAUUCACGAGCUGAGGACGCUGAGAAAGGCGGUGGAUAUGUUUCAUGUCGCAUUCAAGGAGCUGUGACUGCAGGACAU